UUAAAAGCGAGCGUCCAUGGCAGCUAAUGACUAUCGUGUUUACCUGCGGAACCCUACCGAGAUGGAGAAUGGUCAAGCCCGUUUCCACUCUGCCCCGAGUGCAGAACCAACUUGUCGACCCCUGGUUUUUGGAACCCUCGUUGUUAUGGGAUUGCUUCAAAUCUUAUCGAGUGUCGCGAUCUUGCUGCACUUAACAGGUUAUCUACACGAGGUAGAUUUCUCCUCAGUCCAGCAGAGGGCGCCUGAGGAAGUGGAGACUGGACCUGUGCUCGCCGACGCACUCAAAGACCACAGGAAGAAGGAUCCUUCCAGAAGAUGCCAGAAAAAGCAGAAGGACCUCAUGCCAGCUGCCCACUUGCCUAUCAAAGCACCCAUUGAUUACGUCCAGAAACACGAGGUGGAGACCAAAGUGAUCCAGUGGAGCGAGGCCCAGGGCCAGCUGUACAACAUCAGGUACCACGACGGGCGGCUGCUGGUGCAGGAGGGGGGCCUGUACUACGUGUACGCCAAGACCUGCUUCCGCUUCUACGAGCCGGAGCUGGAGCCGGAGCUGGAGGUGCGGGCGCAGCUCAUCCAGUACGUGGUCCACGAGAAGACCACGCAGACCACCAAGCCCAUGGUGCUGAUGAAGAGCGGCAGCACCAAGCAGUGGAGGAGCCCCAACUACAACAUGUACUGCCAGCAGCAGGGCCGGCUCUUCCGCCUGAGGGAGGGCGACGGCCUCUUCGUCAACGUCUCCAACGCCUGGAUGCUGGACCCCGAGUCGGAGGGCAGCUACUUCGGCGCCUUCAAGACCAGCAACUGAGACCGGCAAACCCGCUACCCCUGCUACUGAACUGUGUGCGCACACGCCCUCCUCCUCCUCCUCCGACAAACAUUCUGCACGAUGUUUAAAGAACCACUGAGCACUUAAACUUGCAGGAAUACUGACUGUUUUUUUUAUUUUAUUUUUUUGUCGUUUCAAUGGCGGUGAUUAUCGGAGUUCACCAUUUCAAAACUUAAUGAAUAUCCUUCAUUAUUUCAGUAAAAAAAAAAAAAAAAAGUUUUUUUAGUUUUGAUUGGAAAGGUUGGAAUUGUGUCAGACCCUAAUUACCUGCUAAUGAAAUCGUACAAACCCAGAACAGUUUUUCUGAAAAUGUAUUUUGCCUAUUUAAAAUGUUAAAUAACUGCUUGCUAAUUGUCCUGGGUUUGGAAAGUUUUAAUACAAUUUUCCUACCAAUUACAGUGUGGCCUGACAAUGUAUUUUGACAUAUGAUUCUUGCCUUUGAGCAAUUCAAGAGAGCAUUUUUGAAACUCAAAAUUUGCUUUUACUAUCAACAGUAAGACAUUUUAUAACAGGCCCUUUUUAUUCUGCCUUUUAAUUUAUUAUUUCUUGUGUGUGUUUUUACAAUUUAGACAAACAUUUUUUCAUCAUGAAAAAGAUUUGAAUGUAGACUGGCAUUGGGUUGCCCUACACGUCUCAUAGUAGGUCAAAGGUCAGAAGCAUUGCCUUAAGGAUACAGUCAUUCCUCAGUGAUGUAGUUGUGCAGUUUUUUUUGGUUCCAGAAAACAUGGAAGAGAUUAUGUGCAUUGCUCAAUCAAAGAUUCGGUGUAAGGCUUGUUGAAGACGUGACACAAAUAGCCAUGUUGUUGCAUCUGUUGUUGGUUUGAGUAAGCAUGAAUGUAUUAUCGGAAGGAGAAUGAGUGCCAUAACAGGACAGUCGCCUGGAGAAAGUUUGAGAAGUUGCUCUUCAUACUUUCCCCCUGGCCUUUUUUUGCGGCGAGACUGCACAUUUGUUAAAGCUUGCAGUCUGCAGCGAGCUUCCGGGAAGGCGUCCAGAAAAGCUGCAGCUGCGAAAAUCCUGAGUUAGGAUUGAAGUUAUGUUCGGAGCUCCGAGGCCCGCCGGAUUUGGGAGAGCAGAGUUGUAGUUGUCGUUUUUAAACACGUGUCGGAGGAAGUUCGCCCCCCCCCCCCCCCGCCCCCUGCAGCCACGGACACUUUGAAGAUGAUUCGGUUCCCCCAUCCAGAGAUAAAAGCAACCUGUAAAUCAACUGCACUGAAGGAACCAGGUGUCAAAAAAAAAAAAGCUUACGCUUGAGAAAUAGCAGGAAAGACGUACUAUAUUCUCAAAGUUAUGUUCUCCCCACGUCUUCCAUCGUGAGUCCAUGCAAUCUACUGUAUUCCUGAGAUUAUCUUAUAUUAAUGAGGUGUGCUUUCUGAAGGCCUGUACCACAGAUCGGAUGAAGUCAGACAGAAGGGUUUUACAACCCUCAAAAGUAAGUGCAAGUGAAGUUCAAAAGCAAUCUUAUAGGAGUAAAUAUUGAGAGCAUGAAUUGUAUUGUCUUAACAGACUUGUACAGUUACAGGAAAUGCAGUGUUAUGGGGUCUUGGGGUUUAGGUAAAACGGGGGGGGGGGGGGGAGGUCACGCCUUAACACAGGUGAAGUUUAUAAUGUUUUCCAGAAUACAUUUGAGUAGCAUGUUUCCAUGGAACGCAGCCUGGACUCUCGACAGAUAUGAAUGUUCUGUGGCCUAUUCGGAUAUUUGACAAAUUCAGCUGCAAAAAAGGAAUUGUGAGGAGCGAGAAGGCUUGGUGACCUGGGAGGUAGAACAGACAUCUCUGUGGUACAGUACUGGGAGGCCCAUCUCAGACACGGGCUCCGUUCGCUGUUCUGUGUCGUUUAAGAGUGAGAUAACCGCCCCCCCCCCCCCCCCACCCCCC